CUCUGCUUCCCAACUAACACCCCUGCCUCGCUCGCUCCAAUAUUCUGUUUUUUCUUCUGGACCACCUCUCUGUUCUGUUCAUUCAUAUUCCUCUGUUCUCACACUGAAACUUGUUUCACCCUCUCUCAUCUCAUACCUCUUGGCCACCAUGCCUCUGCUUCCAGAAUACCCGUUAUUCUAUUUUUGCAUUAUCUUUCCCUGCUUUGUGGCCCUACCUUACUCAGGCGCAACCACAGUUCAGCCAAUCGUCCCAAACCCAUCUCCGCCUAUAACAAUCCCUGCUGUUCCAGAACAAUCCGAGCUUACUGGGUGCUCUCUGAAUCUCUCAGAAGAGCUGUUUCAUGGGGUAAAAACUGCAUGUAGCGCAACCAAAGAGGGUGCCGGUGGGGAGCUCCACCGGAGCCGGUGCUGUCCGGUGCUGGCAGCGUGGCUCUACUCUGCCUACUCCGCCACCGCUCUUGGAUCUCCUACUCCUACCACAUCGUCUGACAUGCCGUUGCUGCCAGAUGAUUCAGAAACAUGUGUGAAUGGCUUGGGAAAGGCUUUGAAACUGAGAGGGAUCGAGCUGAUUCAGCCGAAUGAGACCUGUGAUGUGGUGUAUUGCUAUUGUGGGAUUCGGCUACACCCCUUGAGUUGCCCUGAGGCAUUUUCGGUUACCCACAGUGGCAAACUUGUCGGGAACAAAAAUGUGAGAAGAUUGGAGAGAAAUUGCUUGAGCAGUAGCAUCAAUGUGAAUAAAUUUCCAGGUCUUGGCGGGUGCUCCAAAUGCUUGAACAGUCUCCAUUCGCUUACCAAGAAGACAACUUCAAAUUCAAGCAAAACAGGGGACAGGACCGCCAAGAUCCACAACAAAGAUUGUGAGCUCAUGGGCUUGACAUGGCUUUUGGUUAAGAACCAAACUGCUUAUAUGCGCACAGUUUCUGGGGUUCUCCGUGCCUUGAUGUUGAGCACUAAUGGCCCUUACCCAAAAUCUUGCUCUUUAAACAGUGAUGGAAAGCCUAUGGCUGUCGAUUCCUCAGAGAUCUCUGAUCACUCUGCAUCCGUCAACCUCCAAGCACCUGUUUUUCUUCGCUUAUUUUUACUUUCAUUGCUACUACUUUUGCAUCUUACAAUGUUAGCUGCAGCAAAAUAUUGAUCACAGAGACCGACAUUGUGUAGAUCCCUGGUGCUUCGAGUGUUAUUUAAUUAACAGUUUAGAUCUCUAUAAUUUUUCCUAGUCGUUUAUCAUAAUAGGUGGGCUAAACUCCACUGUAUUCGUGUGGAAUUUUAGUAAAGUUAAAUUUGAUACCUCUUCUGUUUUAAAAAUUCAUUUGAUUGAUAUGUAUUGUAAAUACUACACAAACGCUUGUUAUCGUGCGGGUUUU